GCAUGCGCAGACUUGUCUCGUUGAACACGCACUUCGAUUGCACAAUACGUGGUAAUAAUAAUAAUCAAGUCUAAAAAUACAAUUAGAUGGGUUGGAUCUAAUCACAAACAAGUAAGACCGACUAUAAAUAUGAAGAGAAUUGUUGCAAUAGCCAUCCUGCGAAAAUUGAAACACGACCGUGGUUGUGCUGUGCUGGAUAUUUCCAGUUCACCAGAAAAAAUCUCGAGCUCGCCUUUCCAGUUCCAUCCUCAUCAAUCAAGGCCAAGGAGCUCCAGCUCCAUCAAGCUUCAAACUCCUUGAUCCUCUCUCCCUUGCCUCUGACGGCUCGAUCAGCUCUGGUCACUUACUGUUGUUGGAAUCAGAAUUGGACUGUCCAUAGGCGUAGUCAGCUAGAAUCAGGAACAAGUGUAGUCACAUUUUCUCUUGAUUGAAGAAGAGCUAAAAGCAAGACCAUGGUGCGACGAGAAGGGACUCGCUUUGGUGUGUGGACUGGUCACAGUUUGAGAAGAUCUGUUCAGUCUCAGAAGGCUGUCCAUUCCAGCCAAAAUAUUGUUGUGAGGGCUUCUACGGAUGUGAAGGUCAAACGGGCUCAGAAACAGGCUUCAUCUGUGGUUGAGAAUCAUCUCCAGAAUAGGUCAUUAAACCUCAAAGGUUUCAGCAAUGAGACAGUCCUCCCAUUUUCUCUCAACAAAAACAAGCGAUGGGAGGUCGUUGAUGCCUUGAAAAAGAAUGUAGGAACUCUGUGCUGCCAGGGCGACCGCAUCACCGUUAGUGAACAUCACAUCAGCAUUGGCAAUCCUGAGGUAGACUGUACAGCCUCUUAUGAUUCCAUGUCCAAGUUCUCUCCAAAGAAGACAUAUGCAAGGGCAGCAGACCUAGCACCAAAGGAGACGGAACCAUCCACCGACCAAGUCGCUGCACAAGACAAGGAAUUCGGAACGAAGAACCGAAGAAGACGGCAGAAGAGGAAGGUGAAGGUGGAUAAGGUUACCGGAGUCCAAGAAGAAGUGUUCUCGGUCAAUGUUAGCUAUGCUGUUAAUGUGGCUCCACCAAAGCACACGUUGCAUACCUUCCAUAGGAGAAACAGAACAAAUGGAUUGGAUGUUGGCAAUGGUGACAAUAUUGCCUUGCAGGUAACCAAGCAAGGAACAAAGAAAAGGAACAAGAAAGUGUCAGGCAGUAUCUUGGAUGACCUUGACUCAGUUAGAGAAUAUGAUGCUGGUGAAUACUACUAUGAUGAAGAAGAUGACCAAGAGGUGAUGGACGAAUCCAGAUGUAUUCCAAGGUCAGAGGUUACGGCUGUCUUUGGAAUGUUUGUAGUAGAUACAGAUCAGCAGACAGCAGGAUUCAAUCAGAAGAGGAAGAAUCCUACUCCUCCAAGUCCCAGGACCAAGGAACACAUCUUCCAGAUUGAUUUAGAAGAACCCCUGGAAUCGGGAGUGACUCCUUUGGAAGUAGAAGAUAAUGCCGUGUUGACAUUUCCAGUCUCAACAGACAACAUCCAGCCUGCAUCCCUCAGAGGCACAUUUAGUGACGAUUACCAAGAGGCCUACAGCUGUCCUCGUAGAUUUUCCGUCAACAUCACGGAUAGGGUUGUCAGCAAAGUACAGGCAAUCCCGAAACAUGGCAGCACCAUGUCAGACAUGCUGCUCUCAACAGGGUACCAGGUUUUUGUAAUCUUCUGCAUGCCCGUGCAAGAAUCCAGUCAGCACAAGAACAUAUCCGCUACAGUUGUCGGAGAUCGAUUUAAUCAGAUGGAUGCAGAGAAGAUUUUGUACGGAUACCAAGGUGAGAUCGGAUGUGUAUCAGAUGCAGUGGACAGGAUCACAGAACUUAUUGCCACCAAAGUCAAAUUCAGGUCAGAUGAGUGUAAGCUGAGCAUCGGUCAAAAGAAGAAGUCGAGAGGAGUUCCCCUUACCACUGUUGCCGACUCAUUGAAAUGGGAAAGUGAGACAUGGUCACAACAACGCAUGUGGAAACAGAUUAUUGCACAUGAGGAUGAUAAGCGCGAAGAGGAAUCAAGGAUCAAAGAGGAGAUCCCUGAAGACCGUGCAGAGACAUGUAAGAUCUGUUAUGUAGACAUCUCAGAGGCCUGUCCUGGUACUUAUCUUCAGCCAUGCAACCAUUUAUUCUGUGAUGGAUGCUGGAAGCAUUACCUCAUUGCCAAAGUGACGCAGGGUGAUCCUCGUAUUGCCUGCCCGGAAUUCAAUUGCAAGGUCCCUGUUGACAGAGUGAUCGUGAUGUCUCUGGUACCCAGUAAGAUCGCAUCUUUCCACCUGCAACAGAAGAUCAACGCAGCCGUCGCUUCUGACAAGCAUUUCCAGUGGUGUCCAAACAAGGGUUGUCAAUGUAUGGCGAGAUUCACUCCUGUAGCAUCGGGCCCUCUGACAAUCUCAUGCGAAUGUGGCUCUGUGUGGUGUUCCAAGUGUAUGCAAGAAGCCCACUGGCCAGCCACCUGCGCUGAAGCUGCUAAGUACAGGGCAGACAAGGCUUCUAUGUUGACGUGUGUGGCAGGUUUCAAUGAAAUCCUUGUCGACGAGGUCAGAUUCAAGAACUGUCCUGAGUGCAACAAUUCCAUUGAAAAGAUUUCUGGCUGCGAUGUGGUGACAUGCCCUUGUCAAUGUACAUUCUGUUGGAGGUGUGGAGACCUGGAUUCAAACCAUAACAUAUAUGCCUGCAAACAAGCUGCAGUUGAUUAUGAAACCUUUGAAUUUAAUGAAGAGCCCAUGGAAGAUGUAUACCAGCUGUCAGUCAUGCAUCAUCUCAAGAGAUCACGAAUAUACAGUUUUAAAAGGAAUCAGCUAGCUCACCAACUGGCCAAUAAGGUGGCUAUUACAUUCACCCUUGAGAAUGGUCCAGGUCACUGUGACAGACAAGCAACAGACUCCGCAUCUUCAAAGGCUCUAACAUUCUCGGUACUAAGAGGCAAGGAAUCCGGCGUGAAGCUCUUGGAAGAAAUAAACAAUUUGUUUAAGAAGGCAUCAGAUUUCCUGUUGGAGGCAUAUUCCGUCCUAGAAUUCUUAGAGAUCCAUCUUGUGUCUUUUCCUCCAUGUGAACAGAAGAGGGAGCUCUACCAGCGGAAAACAAGAAUAGCUUUCAUUUCUCAACAGCUUGAUGAUAUCUUGAACCAGAGGAUAGGAGAUUCCAAAGGGUGUGUGGAGAGGGUUAAUAUGCUCUAUGAGAAUGGGAAGAGUUGUCUGUUCUCUCUCGCAAGACUAACUUCAGAACUGAGCAACAUGAGAGAAACUCCCAUCAAUCAUGAGUACAGGGAAUGAUCAGCUGUAUGUUUUGUAGACACCCGUAAUGGUGCUAUAAAUCCGGGGUAGUCUUGGAAAAGUUUGCAUCUGGAGAGAUGAUGAUUUAUAGAUACUUACAGUACUAUUGUUGUUUUUGUCUCACCUGCAUAGCAGAGUGAGACUAUAGGCGCCGCUUUUCUGACGGCGGCGGUAGCAUCA